AUGGAGACUGCGAUGCUGAACUUACGGAGUCUGUAUGAUCAACUUAUGCGCCAGGCUGAAGUUUUAAGUGAAGGAAACGAAUACCAGUUUAUUCAGUUAGCAAAGAACUUUGAAGAGCAUCGGAGAAAAUUGCAGAAAACGGAGCAUGAGCUUGGCAGGUGCAAAGAUCUUCUCAUGAAAACUGAAGCUGAACGUAGUGCUUUGGAUGUGAAGCUGAAACAUGCUCGCAAUCAAGUGGAUGUGGAGAUCAAACGAAGGCAAAAAGCUGAAACGGACUGUGAAAAGCUGGAACGCCAAAUACAACUGAUUCGAGAGCUGCUCAUGUGUGAUGCAUCCGGGAGUAUUCAGCUAAGUGAAGAACAGAAGUCUGCCCUUGCCUUUCUUAACAGGCCACAGGUUUCUAUAGGGGGUUCAGGCAACAAAAGGCUGUCUACAAUAGAUGAAUCUGGCUCAAUUCUGUCAGACAUCAGCUUUGACAAGACUGAUGAGUCACUGGACUGGGAUUCCUCUGUGGUGAAAGCUGUCAGACUGAAAAGGAGAGAGAAGCGGCGGUCUUCCAGGCAGUUCAUUGAAGGCCCGCCAGGUCCUCAGAAGAAAACUCGAUCAAUUGGCUCCACAGUGGACCAGGGAAAUGAAUCCAUAGUAGCAAAGACAACUGUCAUGGUCCCCAAUGAUGGUGGCCCAAUUGAAGCUAUCUCUACUAUCCAGACUGUGCCUUAUAGUCUGAGAAGCCGGAGGAAGAGUGGUCCUUUGCAGCCUUGGAGCAGCGAGUCAAGCAUUGGCAGUAAGCAGCUGGAAUCCAAACCGGAGACUGAUGGCUCUGGCACCCCACAGAACAAUGGGGGAGUGAGGCUGCAUGAAUUUGUUUCAAAGACGGUUAUCAAGCCAGAAUCGUGUGUUCCAUGUGGAAAGAGAGUAAAAUUUGGAAAAAUCUGUCUGAAGUGCAGAGAUUGCCGUGUGGUCACUCAUCCAGAGUGUCGUGACCGCUGCCCUCUUCCCUGUAUCCCCACCUUGACAGGCACUCCUGUGAGAAUUGGAGAUGGGACCUUGAUGGACUUCGUCCCUUCUACUCCUCCAAUGAUCCCUUCCAUCAUAGUGCACUGUGUUAAUGAGAUCGAGCAGCGAGGGCUGCAUGAGACGGGCCUUUACCGGAUAUCUGGCUGUGACAAGACAGUGAGGGAACUGAAAGAGAAGUUUCUUAGAGCAAAAAAUAUUCCUUUGCUCAGUAAAGUGGAUGAUAUCCAUGCUAUCUGUGGCCUUCUUAAGGACUUUCUACGCAGCCUGAAAGAACCCCUUCUCACUUUCCGGUUAAACAAGACUUUUAUGGAAGCUGCAGAAAUCUUGGAUGAGGACAACAGUGUCGCUGCUAUGUACCAAGCAGUUGGUGAACUUCCUCAGGCCAAUAGGGACACCCUAGCUUUCCUCAUGAUCCACCUGCAGAGGGUGGCUCAGAGCCCGGAGACUAAAAUGGACAUUACCAACUUGGCCAAAGUCUUUGGCCCCACAAUAGUUGCCCAUGCGGUACCUGAUCCUGACCCUAUGACGCUUCUGCAAGACACUAAACGGCAACCCAAGGUAGUGGAGCGUCUUCUGCUGUUGCCUAUGGACUACUGGAGUCAGUUGAUGAUGGUGGAGCAAGAAAACAUUGACCCAGCGCAUGUAAUUGAAAACGUCAAUGCCUACUCCGCUCCACAGACUCCAGAUGUUAAAGUGAGCAUGCUUGGACCUCUCACUACUCCGGAACAGCAGCUCUCCAAGACACCAUCGUCGAGCUCCCUGUCCCAAAAGGUCCGGUCUACCUUCAGCAAAACCACCCCCAAAUUUGGGAGCAAAAGCAAGUCAACAACCCAGCUUGGGCAUCAGGGCAACUUUUUUGCCUCUCCUCUGCUGAAGUGAAGUGGACCU